AGUGGAGACGGAGUGGGCGGGCGAAGGGAGGCGGGCGUGUCCCUGCCUGACUAAUAAGAGGUCGCGGAGGGGAGGAGCGCGCGUGUCCCUCUGCAGCCUCUCUUUUGGGAAGCCGGCUGGGCGCGAUGGCCAGAUACAGCGUGGAGCAACGUGGCUGCCUAAACACCGGCGACUACAGGCUGUUUUUCAAAAAUGAUAAAGGACAGUACAUCUCGCCAUUCCAUGAUAUCCCAAUACAUGCAGAUGCUAACAAGAAUGUGUUCAACAUGGUAGUUGAAAUACCUCGAUGGACCAAUGCUAAAAUGGAGAUUGCAACCAAAGAUCCUUUAAACCCAAUUAAACAAGAUGUGAAGAAAGGAAAACUACGAUAUGUUGCUAAUGUAUUCCCCCACAAGGGAUAUAUCUGGAAUUAUGGUGCAAUUCCACAGACAUGGGAAGAUCCAGGGCAUAAAGAUGAAAGCACUGGCUAUUGUGGAGAUAAUGAUCCAAUUGAUGUUUGUGAAAUUGGAAACAAGGUAUGUGACAGAGGAGAAGUCAUUCAAAUAAAGGUUCUGGGUACCCUGGCACUGAUUGAUGAGGGUGAGACAGACUGGAAAAUUAUUGCAAUAAAUAUUGAAGACCCAGAAGCUGCUAAGUAUAAUGAUAUUGAUGAUGUCAAGAGGCUUAAACCUGGAUUCCUGGAAGCUACAGUGGAUUGGUUCAGAAAAUACAAAGUGCCCGAUGGGAAGCCAGAAAAUCAGUUUGCAUUUAAUGGAGAAUUUAAAGACAAGGUUUUUGCCAUUGAUGUCAUCAAAAGCACUCAUGGUUAUUGGAGAGCGUUAGUAAUGAAGAAAACAGAUGGCGGAGAAAUCAACUGCACAAAUACAACUUUGACCGACAGUCCAUCCUACUGCAGUCAAGCAUCUGCUGAAGCUAUUGUAAAUGCGAUACCUGUCUGUGGGGAUGCCAAUCCAAUACCAACUGAAGUGGACAAAUGGUUCUACUGCUAGAAAAAGUGACUUGAAGACAAACAUAGUAGCUGCCGUGUCACCAGGAAACCACUUGUGCAGAUGAAAACUGAUAGCUUUGACAUAAAGAACAAGCCUGUUUUAAAAUAGUAAAUAGCAUUACAAUACAGUGGAUUUUGCAUACAUCAGUCUGACCAGUUCUUGUGUGAAAUACCAGCUUGAUAGUCUUCAUAUGUAUAUCAGGAGUUGCAUUAACUGCUGCAUAACCAGAUAAUGUGUAGAUAAACACAAACUCGUUGCUUGCUGGAAACAAGAACUUUUGCUGAAACUCA